UUAAAUACUAGUAGUUUAAACCGCAAGGUUCACACAUUAAUAUCUUUCAAUUGCUGUAAAAAUUGACAUUCUGGACUUUUUAUGUCCUUACAAAUGCAUUAACAGCUGACGACUAUUGAUUUGACAUGUUUGAAGCAAUAGCAACAUAUUUGUCCAGCUGAGAAGGGAUCCCGCAAAAUUUCCCGCAAUAAAACAUCUUUGGAAAACUAUAUGAAAGGAAUAUAUGCUUUCAUCAAUAUAUAAAUAUAUAUAUAUGAGUAUAGUGUUUUAAAAAUAUAAGAUAUAAAAAGGAAUGAUACUAUUCUAACUUCAACCUAGUGAAAACUUCAUAAUUUUUUCACAUAUGAAUAAAUAUAGUUCGCAACAUUUACCUACCGUAAAAGGUUUUAUGCUGCUCCAGGAUACAACCUACUUCAUUGAACUAUUUGCAAGGUGCACAUGAAAAGUAACUUCCUUUUUACUUUUUAAUUGGAAUUAGUCAUCCGGUCUUGCAUGAAAAAUGGCGUCGACGGUGAGCGGGAGUACAGCAUUUACUAUACAAGCGGAUCCUGAUACUGGGACUUUCAAGCGUCGUUUUGAGGAUGUAUCAACCUUUUUCUUUGAUUCAGAAAACGGAAAAAUCUUAGGAAAAACGUUCCAACAAUGGUUAUUUGGUGCUCUAUUCUACAUAACAUUCUACUGUUGUAUUAUCGCUAUUAUGUUAGCUUGUGGUGCUGUCGUAUACCAAACAUUAAACUGGAACAUGCCUAGACUAACAUCACAAGAUAGUAUUCUACAGCUGAGUCCUUCACUGGGAUUCCGUCCGUUACCCGACUCAAGCACAACUCUAAUACGAUUUAUCAAGGGAGAUAAAAGAGAUUAUUCAAUACUCCAAGACAACCUUGAGGCAUAUCUACUAUUUUAUGAAAACCAGAAUCAGGUAACAGAUACAGGAGUUAUGGUUGACUGUAAAACAUACGACAAGAGACGACCACGAUUAGAAUGGGACAAAGCAUGUAGAUUUGCACUUCAAGAUCUGGGAAAGAUAUGUAUCAAGCAGCAAAAUUUUGGAAUGAAAGAUGGCAAGCCUUGCGUUUUAUUAAAAUUAAACAGGGUCUUCGAUUGGCACCCAGAAAAUUAUCAAAACAAAAGUGAAGUUCCCUCAGAAAUAAAAGACACGUAUGUACCAUACUACGUUCAUCUGAAAUGUUUUGGAGUGACCCCGGCUGACGAAGACAACAUGGGUAGAAUAGAAUACUACCCAGCAGGUGGUUUCCAUUUCAAAUAUUUUCCGUUCCGAAAUCAGCAGGGAUACAGAUCACCAUUAGUGUUUGUCCGCUUUGCUAGUCCGUCGUUACACAUACUUAUCAUGGUAGAAUGUAAAGCUUAUGCCAGAAACAUUCGACAAAAUAGUGUAGAGAGAGCUGGAACUGUCAGAUUUGAAGUACUUGUGGAUUGAUCUUGUACAAAAUUUAUAUUUAAAUGUUUAAUUCUAAAUAAAGACAUUAAACGAGUUAUAAAUAUUUCACAUGUUAAUACUGUCAGGAUACGGAAUUAUAACUAUAUUCAUUUACAUUGAAAUGUGUGAAUUCAUUUUAGACUUGUGAUUUCAUUAUGACUUUGUGACCGAGGAUCUUUACGUACUUGUAUGUUAAUUUCACAUUUAUAUAAACUUCAACCUCAAUCUGUCGUUCACAAGAUUGAUGGUGAUAGUUCUUUAUAUAUACACCAAUAUCAUGCCACUGCAAUGUAUGUACUAAGCAAGGUUUGUAAAAAAAAGUUCAGAAAUUAAGUGCUAAUUUAACAAAUAAUGAAGUAAAAAUUGGUUUUAUCA